AUGGCGCUGCGUGCCCUGUACAACGAGAUCCGGGGCAUGAAGGUCCGCGAGGUGCCAGCUUACCUGAAGCCGCGCUUGACCUGGGACAACGUCAAGAAGAGCGCUGACCAGGCCGUCGACCGCUACAUCGAGAAGUACAUCGACACGAGCUCGCCGGACCCGCUCUUCCACGUCUGCUUCGGAGGGAUGGCCUUCUCCUACCUCGUCAAUCUGCCCUGGGAGCGCGCCCACCUCGCUCACCUCGAGGAGAUGGAGAGGACCGGCGGGAAGCACUAG